GAUUGCUGUAGUCGAAAUCGAGUGUCAUUCGUCUGCGGCUGUCCCGGGCGCUCGAAAGGCGGCUGGCGGAGCUCCUGCAAAGUCGGGUUGCCAGAUUUGGCAUGGUAUGUAUGAGGGUUGUGAAUUCGCGUCAACUCACAUUUCUAGAGCGUAAACCCUGCCCAUGGUCGUUACCUACUUGAUUCUCAAAGCAACGAGCGAGUUCCAAACACCAGAAACCCUCGCUCUAAUUUGAGCUUCGUCAUGGCGUCAGACAGCACCAGCAUCCCGACCAAACAGGACGUGGAGAUCCUCCAGCGCCAGUUCGACUCCAAAUUCUUCGAGUACCAACUGUCAUGCCGUGACACGAAGGUCACUGCGGCCCAGGUUCCUGCGACGGCCACCCGGCUGCUGAACGGCGCCCUGGCCUGGCUUCACGAGGUUGCCGUCUUCAUCCGAGGGAACUAUGACCCCAGCACAGCCGAUGCCGGCAAGCGGGCCAAUUUGUUCAAAAGCACGGCUGCUGCAUUUCUGCAUGCGUCGGACAUGGUUCACAACGCGAGAAGUGUGAUAGCCGAAAAGGAGCAAAAGAUGAACUCACUCCAGACCGAGUUUGCAGCCCAGAAAACUAGCAUCGAUGGUGUCAUUACCAAUGCCCGGCACGCCAUUGAGACAGCCACCAGAGAGCAAGGGGAGAAGACCGCAAUGCUGGAGAAGCUCAAGGAGCAGCUCAAGGCGCAGAGCGAUGUCCAAAGGGAUCUCGAAGAGAAAUACCACGAUUGGCAGGACAAGGACGCCAAGGCCAAUGCCAUAGCUUCAAUUUUCCACGCGGGUGAACUGUGGAAAUAUGUGGAGGAGUUGAUUCCACCUCUCGACUUCCACAGCAAAGCCGCGAAUGCCAAAGCCGAGGUUGCCAAGUCGGAGAGCCUCGUCUCCGACACCGAGAAGAGCAUCCGGGAACUCAGCGAGUCCAUUCAGGUUCUCGGAAGCCGAAGGGACGCCCUCCUCGCUCUCAAGGGCAGCCUUGACUUGAUGGAGACCAAGCUAGCCGACGAGAAAACUACCGCAGGCCAGUGCGUGACCGAGAUCGCAGCUCUGGCCAAGGUUGCCCGCGGUUUGUACUCCAAAGCCCUUACUCUGUCCAAGAAGGCGAAAAUCAUCGUCGACCCCACUUCACCGAAGAGGUCCAAGGACGUCCUCGCGGGGCUCAUCAUGGCCAUUUGCGAGAGCGUGCUUGAAGGACAAAAGCUCGGCGUUGACAAAAAAGUCAAGUUCGUCGUGGACGAGAUCAUCGGCCACUACGGCUCUGAGGUGCCCGAGGACAUCACUGCCAUUGCUAGCAGAAUCUCAUAUGCUCGGUCCAAGCGCGCCCCGCCGGCUCAGCAUCUUGAGAUUCUAGGCGCCUCGUACGCAGGUAUCGACAUCACGCCGGCUGUGAGGGAGGCCGUCAUCCAGGACGGAAACAAGGCGCUGAGUCUCCGUCCGAGGACCUCCUCAGGAUGGGGAUUCAUAUACACCUUUUUGAAUGGAAGAGAUCCCAUGCCUGGCGUGAAGAAGGCGCUGACGGUGCUGUACCAGUUUGAGGGACAGGAAAUGGAGCUUCUUGUCACGUGGGAUGGCAGUGAGGGUGAUACGGACGAGGUGCUCAUUACCGAGCCGCUCCCACCGGCGAAGGACAGGGUGAGGGAGAAGGGAUGGAACAUCACUCGCAUCCCCAUGACAACCUCCAUGGACGAUAUCGACGAGGAAGCCGUCGCGGUGCUUGCCAUCGCGUACGGGUACGAGUACUGCACCCCUGAGAAGAACCCGGAUAUAUACACGAAUAUUGCGGAGCUUGCUCUUGGGGACACGUACCAGGUGUCGUCCGAGACGUUUGGGGGCAAUCUGGUUCCUAAUGUUACGAAGACGGCGACGGUGUUUUAUACGAGAGGGUUGUCGCCUGUUUUUGUGGCUGGUGCGCAGGACUUCGGGGAUCUUGUGUUUGAAGAGUGAGGUGGAAGGGGUGUUUUUGUUGGGAGGAGUUUUGUUGAAAGUUUAUUUAGGAUGGUGAAGACGAUGUCAAGGCCUUUCUAGAUAGCUCCAGCGGGUUUCAUAACAGCUUCAGGGCGUUUCUAGCGGUUCCAAUGCGUUU